ACUCGCCUCCCCCUGCUCAUUUGGCCUCCCGACCUCAAGCUACCCGGAGGAAGCGCCGAUGUAGAGGCCACAGGGACAACGAAAUUUCCGUUUGAUUGUUCUGGCGCGCGACGCUGCAUUAUUUACUCUUCAGGUUGCCCAACAUGGAGCAGCUAUUCACCCCGCCCAAUUCGGCCUCGGCCGCAUCUUCUCCAAACCAAAUUUCGUCCAAUGCCCUUCUUCGGAACGAGAAGUCAAUCGGCGUUUAUCUAGGCCUUCCUAAGCCAGACAACGCCAGCGCUCAUCUUGGACAGCGGAUGCAACAAUCUUUUUCGCAUGAGGAACAAAGGAAGAUGCUCAGUACCCUCGAGGCUAUUUUCCAGCGUGCCGAGGAAGUAGAAGGAGGUAUUGGUAUCGGCGAGUUGCGGGACUCAUCACUCCCCGCCGGCGACGGAAGCGAUCAUAAGGUUGAGGCCUUGAGGGAUGUGAGGGGGAUUCUCGAUCAGAUGUGGUGGUCUGGAUCCGCUUUUCUGGUCAGAUCAGCAGAAGUUCUAGCUGAUGGAAGCCGCAAUGCUGCAUGGCGCAAACCGUACGGCGAAGCAGGCAUCCUGGAUUUCUUCCUUAAAAUCACCGCGACUCCUGACAUCCCUCAAGACCUCAUGAUGCACUCUUUGCGACUCAUUGGCAAUUCUUGUGCCGACACUGAUGACAAUCGUAUCCGUGUUGUUCAGAGUAAUUAUCUCAUACCGCUGAUGGACCUUCUUCGUAACCCGGCCCUUUUACGAAUAGCUAUUCCUGUAAUUUAUAAUAUUUGCAUAGAUUUUGAACCAGCAAGUCAUCAAGCUGCGGAGAAUGGGCUCGCUUAUGCAUUGGCAAGGACGCUGGUCGAGACGCCAAACAUCACCGCACUGCCCAUAUUCACAUACAUAAUCCAAUUGUUUGAACUCAUUGGCUCUUCUCCGCGAGGUCCGGAUAUGUCACCGGAGAGUACGGUUGUGACGCUAUUUUGGCUUGCAUCCACACCCGAAACCGAACUAGACGACUUUGUGGCCAUUGUCAAUGCUGCUGCUUCUUUUCUGGAAAACGUCAAAUUCCAGCGACAACUUAUUCUCACUCGUUCAGUGGAAACCAGCUUAUCCUUCCUAGUGGAGUCUUAUUCUCGCUUUACUCCAGAUGGCGAGACACCUUCUGAGCAGGACGAUACCACAAAACAACUCUCACAGAUGCGGGGAAAUCUCAUCCGUGCCCUUUCGGACAUUUCAUAUCUGCCUGAAUUCUCUCAAGCCUAUCCGCUCGACAGCCCGCUCAUUGGUUCUCUCCGAAUGUGGCUUUCCGUUUCUCAGAUCCAGCUCCAACUUUGUGCUUGUGUCAUGCUGGGCAACGUUGCCCGAUCCGAUGAUGUCUGUAGAACUAUGGUUCACGAAUUUCGAGUUCAGGAUCCGCUCGUCAAUAUUCUAGAAACAAGCAAUGAUACGCAGCUCUUGCAUGCUGCUGCUGGAUUUUUAAAAAAUCUGGCCAUUCCUGCGGAGAACAAGACGGCUCUAGGGGAAGGCAAUCUCAUUGAGACGAUGGCGCGGCUUUGGGAAUUGGACACUCUUCCACAAAUCCAAUACUCGUCUGCCAGUCUCGCGCGCCAAGUAAUUGGCGGCUCAUUUCCUAAUACUCAAAAGUUGCUAUCGCCGCUUUCCCCUGAUCCCGACUCACCGGCUCAUGCACAGACUUACCUCUCCCUCCUUUUGAGACUGCACGACAAAUCUGACCAAGCCCCGACCAAAACAGAAGUAGCGCGGCUCGUCACUGCUGUCUGCCGUACCCUUCAUUCGGGCAAUCAGGGAGUCCCGAUCGAAAUUCUCCAAGAUAACAAGUUUCGUCUUUAUUCUCUUCACCCAGCAAUUGGGCGCCCCUUGGUCACAAUGGUCUGCCAAGACGACUGGCCAGUUAUCCGAUCCGAGGGCUGGUUUGCUUUUGCCCUCAUCUCACGCACCAGAGAGGGCGCUUUAGCAGUCUACGAGGCAAUGCAAAACAUUGAAGUCUUAAAGCGGGUUGUAAAGGCGGUGACGGGAAGGAGCGUGCUUAACGAGAAAGAUGAUAUUAUCCCAGUAUCUGAAACAGAUACCGAAGGAUCUCAGGCCGGGGAUGAUGCCGAAACAGAGAUGAGGCGGAGGGAUCGAGAUAAUGUGAUGGUGCUGCUGACUGAGACCCUCAAGAACAUUCCGGAUGAGAUCAUGCCUGCCAGGAAACGGGCAUACGAGCUAUUGCUUCAAGGGCAAGAUGCUCUCCACCUCUCGUUUAGCGAGCUUAUAGGCCAGGCGGAGGAUGAGCGCGAGGCAAAAUAAUCUAUUCUAAUCAUUCAUGGGAAAUAUUAUGCAUGGGAAUAAUCCUUUAUAUGUCGGUCGUUUUCAGGCGAUUGCAAUGAAUACCCCUCUCUCUUUGCAGGAUUUGCUUUAAUUAGAUAUCCAA